CCGCAAUUGGUUGGAUACACCAUUACACCCUGUCACAUUUGUACGUAAACCCGUACUUAUGAACUGUAGUUCUUCAUCCCACUGUUUACAGUUUAAAGUAUCUUUUGGUGAAGAUAACCGGAUUCUGCUUGAUCAAGGAGGACAAAAUGGCAGAUUUCAAAAAACCUCAGAUGCAACUCGUCGACGGGUUAUUAGUACCCAAGUAUAUGUUCAAAGAAGACAAAGUCCGAUCUGCUAUGAGAUUCCAACCCAAAUCAGGAGAUGUCAUAAUUGCUACUUACCCAAAGUGUGGUACAACUUGGACUCAGUAUAUAGUAUGGGGGAUUCUUCACGAUGGGUCACAACCUCCACAUGUGCAUGAAAUGUUUGGUAAUGAAGUCCCUUUCCUUGAACUCACAGGAGCUGAGGCUGUAGAACAUAUUCCACCCCCUAGAGCCUUCAAAGUUCACUUUUCAUUCCCUUACAUCCCUUACAGCCCGAAAUGUAAGUACAUUGUUGUUGUGAGGAACCCCUGGGACUGUUGUGUGUCUUAUUUCUUUCACACCAAGCACAUGGUCUCUGUCAACCAGUUUGAAGAAGGAACAUUUGAAGACUUCUUUGAAUGUUUCGUCAGAGGUGAAGUGGCGUGGAACGACUACUUUGACCACUUGAUCUCGUGGUUCAUCCACAAAGACGACCCCAACGUCCUCUUUUUAACUUUCGAGAAUAUGAAGAAUAAUCCCAGAGAAGCCGUAAUUCAAAUUGCCCAGUUUCUUGGAGAAGAAUACGGUAAGAAAAUCUUGGCUGACGAAGAUCUUUUGACAAAAAUACUCAAACACACUAGUUUUGACUACAUGAAGAGUAAUCUUCCAUUUUUCGAGCCUCUGGACCAGGAAGUACAAGAGAAAGCUGGUCCAGGAAAUCUUCCAGCACCAAAAUCCGAGAACGAUAUGGAAAAUUUCAGGAAAAUCGAUUUUUUCAGAAAAGGAAAAGUUGGCGAUUGGCGUAAUCACAUGACUUCGGAACAAAAAGAGCGACUGGAGAAAAGAAUGAGAGAAAAAAUUAAAAAUUAUCCAGCUAAUUUCUGUACACCACCCCCUGCGAUUCAAAAUGGGAACAUCCAUGAUGUAGGUUAUUACAAUCCAGUAGGUGCAGAAGUCCGAUACAGCUGCCAUAACGGUUAUUAUCUUGAGGGAAGAAAGACUCGCAAGUGUCUUGAAUCUAAGGUUUGGUCAGGCGAAGAACCUAAGUGUUUAAUUAUUGACUGUGGCUUCGUGAUAUACAAUAAUCCGAAAGGAAACAUUGUACAAGUGAACGGGACAACAACAUUUGGCAGCAUACUUAAGCUACGAUGUAACGAGGGUUACGUGGUCGCUGGUGGUCAAAACCUCAUGGUUUGUCAGAACAACAGUCUCUGGAGUAAUAUCGAUUUACACUGUGCGGAGAUAAGCUGUGGCCUUGUCGAAACCCCGGAAAAUGGGGUCUGGAUCCCUACGAAUAAGAUCAACAAGACUGUAGUAGGAACAGUCUUGAAACUUUCUUGUCUCAGUGGGAGUGCCACCCCACCUCAAAAUGCGACAGUUCGUUGUCAACCCAAUGGGACUUGGACCCCAGUCAUGGCCGUUUGUGGAGAAAAUGGAAGAUCGUCGUCGACACCGACAAAAUUAAUCGCUACUAUUACUGGUCUCGUUCUCCUCGCUGUUCUUAUAGUAACCGCUGUUGUACUGUUGAAGAAAAGAAAGCAACAAUUUAAGUACACCGCACACACUGAUGGAACUAGGAAAUGUUUAUCUAGGUCAACAAAGAAGAAAAUUGGAGCUAUUUUCUACAUUAAACCAUCUGAAAACAGUCAUUAUUUAACACUUUUAGAAGACACGGAACAAGAUAAUACACAAGAUUCGGUGACCACUACCUCCGGUUCCUUUAAAUGACCAGUAAUUCUGUGUGGAAGUAUUAGAAUAACGUCCAGAGAUGGAAGAACACAACCAACAUGAAAAACUAAUUCAGGCCCAAGUUAUUUUAUCCUUUUUUUAUGGCCAAUGUGUAGCAUUGGUAACUUCACUACAGAAACUGUACCAUAAACAUCUAACAUAAAAAUCAUUUGUUAAGAGCUGUGAUUUUAUUUUAUUCCCAAGACGGGUAUAAUUUAACCUGGCAACGAGAGUAUACUUAAAAAUAUUACGAAAAAACAAAGAGGACGUUUUUUGGCAAACGUUUCGGUAACGGAAUUGCCAUCAUCAUGACUGAAAUGCCUAAUAAUUGUUUUAUAAACACUGUUCCAAAGAAAAUUGCAUUUUUUUUACUCUUAAUAUAAUAGCACAGUGUGCCUGAAAUUAUGUACUUAAAGUAGCUCUAAAAGUAAAAAGUGGUAAUAAUCCUGUUCGUUUUGUUUAGUUGUAAGGCAGUGAGGUUGUAGAAAUGAAGUCCAAGUGAUUUACUGGAAUA